AGUAUACCGCGUCUGUCAAUGUUGACGGAAGAGACCUGCCUGAUUUUGUCUAAGUGCUAAAUGACCACCGACGCGCCAGCGCAUAAAAGCCCGGAGCUGCUUCACCAUGAGGCGGAUUUCGUGUCGAGACCUGUCCGGUGUUCUGGUGGCUUCAUCGCUGACGAAGGAGCUCUCUGCAAACAAGCUUCAGGGGUCAAAGCAGGCGUGCCGGGCCCUGUAUGGUCCACGGAGACAGUCCAGGCUGUGCUCAGCUUGCUGCAGCAGCACUGUGCCCUACAGACAGUACUGCAAAAGCACUGACCCUCACCCGGGUAUCUCCGUGGUGGGCACCCCUGAUCCCAUCACAUGGAUCAGGAAUAAGGUCAUACUGGCUCUGACUGAGCUCUACUUCGACCUGGACCUCAGUGUGGAGUUUGACCGUGGAGUCAAGCAGGCAGUGUUCCAGGUGUCCACUAGGGUGUCCAAAGGCAGGUUUGAGGAGCUGAGGGGCUUGAUGUCUGAGGAGGCUGUAGCAGAUGUCAGGAGGAGGUACAACACUCUAACGGAGGUCCAAAGAGGACACCUCGCCAUCUCUUCGGAUGACAUUGUGUUUCUUCUUCCUGAGGAUGUUUCUGUAGUUUCUGAUAGUAGAGGCAGGAAGUUCUGCAGCAUCACCAUGAGAUUGUGGCACCUGACCAGUGCGGAUGUUCCAGAGGACCCAGAGAGCACUCGCAUCUUCAGGAUGGACCCUAGCAUAGGAGAUGGACCACCAAAGAAAAUCAUCACCGCAGUUUAUGAGUUUCAUCGGGAGCUGACGGCUGGGGCUGACCCCAGCUGGACGGUGACUCACAUCUGGCACUGGAAACAGCUUGAGUGAACCUGGUAAAAAGAGGAAAACCCAGGAACUAAUAAAGCCAGAGAAGCCCAGCUGAACUUAACUCCAGUGGCCCUAAUGAAAGAGCUGCUUUAGAUCUUUAGCUGGAGUACAAUAAACAAACUCCUGAGCUGAAGACCACUCCUUCUGUACUGAAACUUUCUCUCCAGUCUCCACAGAGCACUGCGGUACAACCCGCGACAGAGGAGUUCACAAGUCAAGACUCAAGUCUUUUGCAGAGAAAUUUACUUUAUAUUGGCCUUUUUUUUUUAAAGGUAAGAAACAAAAUAGCUUAAAACGGCUGGUUGUUCUGCAGAUUCUAUAGAAUAUAUGCUCCUAGCUGGUGCAAUAGUUUUAAAGGAAUGUGAUCUGUAACUCAGUAAAACUUCAGCUAAAUUAUAUGAAAUCAGCAGCUGUGGCAGUUUUUGCGAUAACUACCUUACUUCCUAUCCAAAUUAUGUGCUAGCCAACAGUUUUAAGUUAUUUUGCCGUUUUUAAACACCACAUUUACUGCAUAAAGCACUUCGUUCUGUCAUUCAGAACUGUAGGAGAGUCUGAGUCAAGUCACAAGUCAAUUAAGAGAGAUUGGGGUAAAUUGCGAGUCAUUUAAGGAGAGUCCGAGUUGAGCUGAGAGUCAUUUAAGGAGAGUCCGAGUUGAGCUGAGAGUCAUUUAAGGAGAGUCCGAGUUGAGCUGAGAGUCAUUUAAGGGGAGUCCGAGUUGAGCUGAGAGUCAUUUAAGGGGAGUCCGAGUUGAGCUGAGAGUCAUUUAAGGGGAGUCCGAGUUGAGCUGAGAGUCAUUUAAGGAGAGUCCGAGUUGAGCUGAGAGUCAUUUAAGGGGAGUCCGAGUUGAGCUGAGAGUCAUUUAAGGGGAGUCCGAGUUGAGCUGAGAGUCAUUUAAGGGGAGUCCGAGUUGAGCUGAGAGUCAUUUAAGGGGAGUCCGAGUUGAGCUGAGAGUCAUUUAAGGGGAGUCCGAGUUGAGCUGAGAGUCAUUUAAGGGGAGUCCGAGGUGAGCUGAGAGUCAUUGAAGGGGAGUCCGAGUUGAGCUGAGAGUCAUUGAAGGGGAGUCCGAGUUGAGCUGAGAGUCAUUUAAGGGGAGUCCGAGUUGAGCUGAGAGUCAUUUAAGGGGAGUCCGAGUUGAGCUGAGAGUCAUUUAAGGGGAGUCCGAGUUGAGCUGAGAGUCAUUGAAGGAGAGUCCGAGGUGAGCUGAGAGUCAUUGAAGGAGAGUCCGAGGUGAGCUGAGAGUCAUUGAAGGAGAGUCCGAGGUGAGCUGAGAGACAUUUAAGGAGAGUCCGAGUUGAGCUGAGAGUCAUUUAAGGAGAGUCCGAGUUGAGCUGAGAGUCAUUUAAGGAGAGUCCGAGUUGAGUUGUGAGUCAGACUAAGGCGAGUCGAGGUUACAAGACAUUUAGGGAGCAUUCAAGUUGAGUUGUGAGUCAGUUAAGGUGAGUCCAAGUUGCGAAUCAGCAGAGGAGUGUCAGAGUUUCAAAUCACUUAAGGGUGAGGCUGAGUUGAAUUGUGAGUCAUUUAAGGACAGUUCGAGUUGUGAGUCAGUUUGAAGACAGCCUGAAUUGAGUUGUGAGUCAGUUAGAGAGAGUGCAAGUUGAGUUGUGAGCCAGUUCAGGGAGAGUGACAGUCUCAAGUGAGUUUAGGGAUAGUCCGAGUUGCUGACUUGAGUCCCCACCUUUGAAUGAAUUUGUUUACCCUUCAUGCUUGGAGUACCAAGCGUUGCUCUUAACAGAAGUGUUGCAUGACAAAUCACAUGACCACCCCCCAAUCUCCAGAAAACCCUGCCCCUUUUGUUGUGUGACACAGGUGCUCGACCAGGGAACAGAGUUCUGGAUUUAGAUCAGUAACUGGACUGUCUGGUGAAAAAACAACUCUACAGUGGUUCCUGCUGAGUUGCCUGUACUCUACUGCCAGUAGAAUGGGUCACUCUAGAGCAGCCACACAAAGGUCAUCAUGCCUAGUGCAAAGCGUGGGCUGGAGGGUUAUAAAGCCCCCAGUAUCGGACUGUGGAGCAGUGGAACCGUUUACUGAGUUGAUGGGAUGAGUUGGAGUGAUCCAGAACAGGUCAUCCAACACCAUUAAUGCUCAUGUGGCUGCCAUCAGAUCCCCACACCAAUGUUCCUACAUCUCGUGUAAAGCCGUCCCAGAAGAGUAGAGGCUGUUACUAAUGAAUUAGUACCCUUCAUUUGAGAAGAAACGCUGGAUGGAUGAGCAGGUGUCUGCACACUUUUGGAGAUCAUUUUCACCCAGUCCGAUUAAUUCAGUCCUAAUGUUUUACCUUCUCUUUGCCAAAGUAAUCAUGAGAAACACAAGACAUGCGUGUAGAGCCUUAGCCAGGCCAGCACGUGCUCCUCAUACAAUCCUACUGAAAAGUUGCGACUGCCCCUAUGUGGGCUGCGCAAAGGUUGUGGCAUAUUUAGUACAAAUAUGUACAAAAUCGCCCAAUUAAUAACGGCUGUAAUCAUGAAUCAGUAACCGCCGUCAAGCAGUUCCUCCUAUAAAAUCACUGAUUUGGAGAAAUGGUCUUAUUUUCCCUGUUCAUUCGUGCAGAUGUGCUUCUUCACUUCUUCUGUCACGCAAACGCACAGGGCUGUAACACUGUAUGAAAUAAAGACUUCUGCUUUGACAACACCAGCUGGCCUCAACAUGGUGCAGAACGAUUCAUGAUGAAUGAAAUUUUCUCCAGAGUUACUUGGAAUAUAAUAUUUUAUGCUAAAUUCCAGUAAACCAUUCCAAACAUU